UAUGGUAACUUUCACUUUCAUUUAGGCGAUUAAGCUAGUCCACUUCCAAAAAACAUCAGCGGGGCAGGUACACGACGGGAUCGUUCGUCAGCCUUUAUCUUUGAAUUCAGAGCCAAAAUGGGCAAAUCCGGGAGAUUCUUCCCAUUGGUGUUCCAGGACGUUGGGGGGGCAGAUGUGAUGUUGAAUAGCCGCCUAACCAAAAAAGGCUUGACUGAAGUUCACUCACAGGAGCAGGGGGAUUUCAACCUGGUUUUCUGUCCAGUAGUUUCUCGAUUGGGGACCGAUAUGGAAGCCCUAAUGUUGAAGAUUCCAUCUGGUAAAUCAGCGAUCCUGGUGGUGUUGCAUCACACCUUUGACCCAGACUACAUUGUACCUGACAGCAGCAGACAUGUGACCCACAGUGAUGUCAUUCUCACUGUAGACUGUCUGUUCCACAAUGCCAAAGAAGGACUCCUGAAAUGUUCUCAAAACGACAAAGCUGUUUCUGAGAUUCUGAAAAAAUGCCAACCUGAGAGCAUGUCAUCAUGGAGUCUAAAGAGCUUCAGAGUUAUGAUGUGUGCAUGGAACAUUAUUUCACCUUGGAUCCCUGUCUGGUGUUCCACCUUGGUUAUGAACAUACAUGGAUAUAUGAGAAACACACUUGCUUCCAUCAGAUCAUGCCGGUGCCCACCCCGACCAUGUGGGUGCUCCACCACAACACUUCUCUUCAGACGAUGUUGGAGAGUUGGAUGUUGGAUCUGGCUUGCAUAUGUCUGCAGGGUCUGGACAAUGCGUAAUCGUCUUGAUGGAAAGUCCCAGACUAAUCCCACUGAGGAGGAGGAAGAACUCCUUCACAGUCAGGAGUGAACUGUUGCUUUGGAGGGAAAAUAAGUUAUUUUUAUUUAGCGUAAUAUGUCACAGCAUUUUUCAGAAAAUGUUUGUUACAUUAUGUGAAAUCAUAGAUUAACUGUAACAUUGCCAAUAUUCAAUGUUGUCUGUUGUGAUCUCACUGUUUUAUAACUUUGAAAUUAAAAAAAGCAUAUUGGUGUAAAACUAAAA